AUGCAUUCUUAUCAGAAUAUCGCCUUGAGAACCCUUUUUGUGUGCUCAUUAUUUUUCUCCUUCGUGAGAACCUCCAUUACAAAUACACUAGGCACACUCUCUCCAAAUCAAUAUAUUAGAGAUGAUCAAACUCUAGUUUCAGCAGGUGGAACCUUUCAACUGGGAUUCUUCAGCCCUGGUAAAUUGACAGGCCGAUACCUGGGGAUAUGGUACACUAUUUCCAAUGAGAUAGUAGUAUGGGUAGCCAACCGAGAAACACCACUUGAUGAUUCUUCAGGAGUUUUAAAGGUCACUGAUCAAGGAGUUCUUGUCCUUCUCAAUAGCUCAAACGGCAUUGUAUGGUCAUCUAACUCAUCAAGAACUGUAGAUAAUCCAGUAUCACAACUAUUGGAUUCGGGAAAUCUUGUUGUGAAAGAUGCAAACGAAACUAGCCCUGAUAACUUCUUGUGGCAGAGUUUUGAUUAUCCUUGUGAUACAUUCCUACCAGAAAUGAAGCUUGGUUGGGACUUCGUUACUGGUUUAGAAAGGUAUGUUUCGUGUUGGAAGAGCACAGAAGAUCCUGCUCGAGGAGAGUUUUCACUAUGGAUGAGUCCUCACGGUUUACCACAACUUUUUGUUAUGAAGGGAACUAAGAUACAGACUAGAUCAGGUUCAUGGAACGGCGUUCAAUUAACAGGAUCUAUGAGACGAUCAACCCCAUCUGAGUUUGAGUUUUUCUUAAAUAAGGAUGAGGUUUAUUAUGAGUACAGACUCCUAAACAGGUCUAUUCCCUCAAGAUAUGUAUUGACCCCAUCUGGCAUUGCACAGUGGUUCAUAUGGAUUGAAAAUACACAUAGUUGGGAACCCUUCUUUUCAACCCAACAAGAUGAGUGUGAAAUUUAUGCCUUCUGUGGUGCAUAUUCUAGCUGCAACACCAGUAAUGCUCCUGUAUGUGCAUGCUUGAAGGGAUUUAUACCAAAAUCGACAGAACAUUGGAAUUCACAAAAUUGGUCUGAUGGGUGUAUUCUAAAUACUCCAUUAGCUUGCAGCUAUAAAGAUAAGUUCUUUAAAUACACUAGCUUUAAAUUGCCAGACACAUCUUCCUCAUGGUUUGAUAAGAGCAUGAGCCUCAACGAAUGCAAGAGAUUAUGUUUGGAAAACUGCUCAUGUACCGCAUAUGCAAAUUUAGAUAUCAGGGAUGGAGGAAGUGGCUGCUUGCUUUGGUUUGGAAACCUCAUUGACAUAAGAGCCUUGCCAUCUGAUUCUCAAGACCUCUAUAUACGGCUGGCUUCUUCAGAACUAGAUGACAUUGAGAAAAAAGAGCAAGUUCAAGAAGAAAAGGCAAGCUGGAAUUGUAAUCAGCUCCGUACUUUUUCUAGUGGUAAUGCUAAUAGCGGGGUUUAUCUUCUGAAGAGAUCUCCUACUGUUUCAGUAGUCAGAAAAAAGGAUGACCUUGGAGAAGACCGGGAAGACAGAGAGUUGCCACUAAUUGACUUCAACACAAUAGUUCAUGCCACUAAUGGCUUUUCAAGCAGAAACAAGCUGGGGGAAGGUGGUUUUGGACCAGUAUACCAGGGUACAUUGAUAGGAGGAAAAGAAAUUGCAGUAAAGAGGCUUUCAAAGGAUUCUGGACAAGGAAUGAGGGAGUUCAAAAAUGAAGUUAUACUGAUAGCCAAACUUCAGCACCGCAAUCUUGUAAAGCUUCUUGGUUGUUGCACUCAAGAUGACGAAAAAAUCUUAAUAUAUGAAUUCAUCCCCAACAGAAGUUUAGAUUUCUAUAUUUUUGACCAGGAAAGAGCGAAAUUGCUCGACUGGCCUAAGUGCUUCCACAUUAUUGAUGGAAUUGCUCGAGGACUUCUUUAUCUUCACCAGGACUCUAGAUUAAGGAUUAUCCAUAGAGAUCUGAAAGCUAGCAAUAUUUUGCUUGAUAAUGAUAAGAACCCAAAGAUUUCUGACUUUGGCCUGGCCAGAAUAUGUGGUGUCGAUCAAAGUCGGGGUAAUACAAAAAGGGUGGUUGGAACAUAUGGCUAUAUGCCCCCUGAAUAUGCAGUAGAUGGAAUUUUCUCGACGAAAUCAGAUGUAUUUAGCUUUGGUGUUGUACUGCUAGAGAUAGCAUGGACACUAUGGAUCCAAAAUAUUCCACUGGAACUGAUUGAUAAGUCGCUAAGCGAUUCGUGCACCAUAUCCGAAGUGUUACGGUGUCUUCAUGUGGCUCUGUUAUGCGUGCAACAAGUACCUGAAGAUAGACCAAGCAUGUCAUCUGUGGUUCUAAUGCUGAGCAGUGAGGUUGCAUUGCCUCCACCAAAGCAGCCUGGUUUUUACACCGAACGAACUCUACCGGAUGAUCUGUCAAGGGGGCGUGAUUUGUCGGAAAAUAAUUUCAGCACUACAUUGUUAGAGGCUCGCCCUGGUAAAUUGACAAGCCGAUACCUGGGGAUAUGGUACACUAUUUCUAAUGAGAUAGUAGUAUGGGUAGCCAACAGAGAAACACCACUUGAUGAUUCUUCAGGAGUUUUAAAGGUCACUGAUCAAGGAGUUCUAGUCCUUCUCAAUAGCUCAAACGACAUUGUAUGGUCAUCCAACUCAUCAAGAACUGUAGAUAAUCCAGUAUCACAACUAUUGGAUUCGGGAAAUCUUGUUGUGAAAGAUGCAAACGAAACUAACCCCGAUAACUUCCUGUGGCAGAGUUUUGAUUAUCCUUGUGACACAUUCCUACCAGAAAUGAAGCUUGGAUGGGACUUCGUUACUGGUUUAGAAAGGUAUGUUUCGUCUUGGAAGAGCACAGAAGAUCCUGCUCGAGGAGAGUUUUCACUAGGGAUGACUCCUCAUGGUUUACCACAACUUGUAGUUAUGAAGGGAGCUAAGAUAAAAACUCGAUCAGGUUCAUCGAACGGCCUUCGAUUAACAGGAUCUAUCAGUCGACCAAACCCACUAUCUGAGUUUGAAUUUUUCUUGAAUAAGGAUGAGGUUUAUUAUAAGUACAGACUCCUAAACAAGUCUAUGCCCUCGCGAUAUGCAUUGAACCCAUUUGGCAUUGCACAGUGGUUCACAUGGAUUGAAAACACACAUAGUUGGGAACCAUUCUUUUCAACCCAACAAGACCAGUGUGAAAUUUAUGCCUUUUGUGGUUCAUAUUCUAGCUGCAACAUCAGUAAUGCUCCUGUAUGUACAUGCUUGAAGGGAUUUAUACCAAAAUCGCCAGAACAAUGGAAUUCACAAAAUUGGUCUGAUGGGUGUGUUCGAAAUACUCCAUUAUCUUGCAGCUAUAAUGAUGGCUUCUUUAAAUACACUAGCUUUAAAUUGCCAGACACAUCUUCCUCAUGGUUUGAUAAGAGCAAGAGCCUCAAGGAAUGCAAGGGAUUAUGUUUGGAAAACUGCUCAUGUACGUCAUAUGCAAAUUUAGAUAUCAGGGAUGGAGGAAGUGGCUGCUUGCUUUGGUUUGGAGACCUCACUGACAUAAGAACCUUCGAAUCUGAUUCUCAAGACCUCUAUAUACGGCUGGCUUCUUCAGAACUAGAUGAUAUUGAGAAAAAGAGCAAGUUCAACAAGAAAAGGCUAGCUGGAAUUGUAAUCAGCUCUGUACUUUUUCUGGUGGGAAUGCUAAUAGUGGGGUUUAUCUUGUAUAUACGAAAGAAGAAACUCAGAAAUCAAGUCAGAAGAAAGGAUUACCUUGGAGAAGACCGGGAAGACAUGGAGUUGCCACUAUUUGACUUGAACACAAUAGUUCAUGCCACCAAUGGAUUUUCAAGCAGAAACAAACUGGGAGAAGGCGGUUUUGGACCCGUAUACCAGGGUACAUUGAUAGGCGGGAAAGAAAUUGCAGUUAAGAGGCUCUCAAAGGAUUCUGGACAAGGAACGAUGGAGUUCAAAAAUGAAGUUAUACUGAUAGCCAAACUACAGCACCGCAAUCUUGUAAAGGUUCUUGGUUGUUGCACUCAAGAUGACGAAAAAAUCUUAAUAUAUGAAUUCAUGGCCAACAGAAGCUUGGAUUUCUUUAUUUUUGACCAGGAAAGAGCUAAAUUGCUCGACUGGCCUAUGUACUUUCACAUUAUUAAUGGAAUUGCUCGAGGACUUCUUUAUCUUCACCAAGACUCUAGAUUAAGGAUUAUCCAUAGAGAUCUGAAAGCUAGCAAUAUUUUGCUUGAUGAUAAUAUGAACCCAAAGAUUUCUGACUUUGGCCUGGCCAAAAUAUUUGGUGGCGAUCAAAGUCGAGCCAAUACUAAUAGAGUGGUUGGAACAUAUGGCUAUAUGCCUCCUGAAUAUGCAGUAGAUGGAAUUUUCUCGACGAAAUCAGAUGUAUUUAGCUUUGGUGUUGUACUGCUAGAGAUACUGAGUAGGCAGAGGAACAGGGGAUUUUGGCAUCCAGAUCACCAUCUUAACCUUCUUGGACAUGCUUGGACACUGUGGAUCCAAAAUACACCACUGGAACUGAUCGAUAAGUCGCUAAGCGAUUCGUGCACCAUAUCUGAAGUGUUACGGUGUCUUCAUGUGGCUCUGUUAUGCGUGCAACAAGUACCUGAAGAUAGACCCAGCAUGUCAUCUGUGGUUCUAAUGCUGAGCAGUGAGGUUGCAUUGCUUCCACCAAAGCAGCCUGGUUUUUACACCGAACGAACUCUCCCUGAUGAUCUGUCAAGGGUGCGUGAUUUGUCAGAAAAUAAUUUCAGCACUACAUUGUUAAAGGGUCGGUAGAUGAUCAUCAAACUUUCUGAUGCAUGUUAAUGCUCCUGUCACCAAAAUGGGUUCGCCGUGUAAGCUUGAUUUGAACCUUGUAGGCAUAGCUGGGAAACAAUGACUCAAGAUUUUCAUAUUAUGCAACACACAUGUUUUUGAGUUAUAAUUUAAUUUGGGGCAGUUCCUAGGGCACAAACAAAAAAAUUCUGGGUUGUCUAGGAUGUGGAAGAAAUUGGAGGAGCUAUAGGCUAUAUUGGUACUUAGCUCUGUUUUGCUCCCCAAGGGAAGGAAAGAGCCAUAAAACUGGUUUAGAUUCGCAUUUUUAUGGCAGACUUAUUGUUUUUGUUAAUAUAAAAUCGUGUGAAUGGGGAGCAA